AUGGCGACGGUUAGGCGAAUCAUACCUCACACUGAACGGGGAAAGGCGACCCGACAUAAUUACGUGAAUAUGUACGUGGAGGCGGGGACGCUGGAGACAGGGAGCGACGACGAGUUCAUGCCAACCGUGCUCUACAGUGAGCUGCAGUCACCAAGAAACGCGGCAACGCCAGGGGGGUCGACCCUACCGAACGAUGGGGCCGAUGCGGAGGAGGAUGACGAGCCAAUCCCUGCUCAUAUAUUGAACAACGACUGGAGCUGGCUAGAGUUCGGCGACGACGGCAGCGAAGACGGGGCUUCGGCGGAUGUGGAAGAGGUGCCGCAGAAGGUCAAGGCUAAAACGCCACCUCGAAGCAGUGACCCUGUACCUUUGGCGGCGGGGCCACCAAGGCACAAGGUCCCGGCAAACCAUACACCGGCUCGCCGCGAAGAGGCAGCUCCUGCUCGGGGGUCGGGCGUGGCCGGAUCUGCCGACGGUGAAGCCCCUGAGGGCGCGCGGGUGGAUAGCGGGUCGAACAACGAUGCAAGCCGUGUUGCGACACUGGAGGCGGAGCUGCGGGCAUUGAUGGGGAAAGUAGCCCAGCUCAGCGGGCAAGUCGUUAAGAGGCAAGAGGAGCCGGAGGGUCAAACGGGGCAAAAUGUGGAAAAACCCGCUGUGGCCGUUGUCGAGAGUCAGCCGCCCGUUCCGGCCGUCACCAAGCCAGCCGCAACACCCUCCCGGAAACCCCAGGUGGCCGCUACCGUCAGGGCAGACCGUGAAAGCCCUGACAACCCCGCGUCCAAGGGCACUUCAGGUGUGCGGAAGGAUAGGCAGCGGCUUUCCGACAUGAAGGAUGCACCCCACUUACCGCCGAAUCCGCUGAUGCAGGAUGACUUGGGGAGUGGUGGGAGCCAUGGAAUGGGGAGGACCGAUGAACCUAUCCUCGACAGGCAGGGCAAUACCCAUGGCAAAAACAUGUCCUCUCAGCAUUACGAGGAGGGGCCUUGGCGUUUUGGCGGGAAGCGGGGCAGGGGCGACGAAAGCGUUAUCAUUGUGGUUGACUACGACCCGGAAGAGCGGGUCCCCGGUCUACCGCGCUCAAUGCCUAAACCCAAGCCAUUCAGGGUGAGUCACCGUCUUCUGCGCAUAAACCCCAAUAGUGCACAUAUAUGUGAGUUAGGAGAGUAA